AUGCGGAGCUCAGUCUUCGUCCUCCUCGCCGGCAUAGCGGUUGUUGCUAAUGCUGCCGCUCCCACCACCGAACAGGAAAUGGCAGGAGUCCUGGGCCAUGACGCCGAAUGUGUGGCCUAUGGUCUUCCCCUCACAAGCAACCUCGGCACCGCGUUCCCAGCGACGGACGCCCCUAGGACAAUCACGGAUGUUCGCAACGACACGGAGGGCCUGAAAAAGUUCCAGUCCAUACAAGGAAGCAUCCCAAAUAUCCCGAUUAAGACACCCGGCAUCGCAUACGACAGCGCGAAAGAUCCUGACUGCUGGUGGACGACCUCGAACUGCGUCACGCCCAAGCUGGCCGGCUUGAAGCCUGACAUUUAUCAGGCGCCGGAGCCCCGGACCCUUGGGUAUGGAUUUGACGACGGCCCGGCUUGCGACCACAACGAGUUCUACAACUUUUUGGGCAGCAAGAACCAGAAAGCGACCAUGUUCUAUAUCGGCAUCUACGUCAUCUGGUUCCCGCUGCAAGCCCAACGCGCUGCCGCCGACGGACACGAAAUCUGCGUCCAUACUUGGUCGCAUGGAAACAUGACCCAAUUGUCGAAUGAAUCCGCGUUCGCUGAGCUCUGGUACACCAUCAAGGCCAUCAAGCUUGUGACUGGACUGACCCCGACUUGCUGGCGGCCUCCCCACGGAGACGUGGAUGACAGGAUCCGGUUCAUUGCCCAGUCGCUCAACCUCGACACAAUCAUGUGGCGAUACGACUCGUUCGACUGGGCCAAUGGCCAGCUGGGCCAGACUCCUCAGACAAUCCAGGGCAAUUACGACAAGCUUAUCAACGAUGCGAAGAGCGGGGUGCUCAACAACAACGGCGCGAUCAUUCUCACCCACGAGCUUAGCAACUUCACCAUGCAGUUAGCCAUCGACAACUACCCCAAGUUCGUUGACGCGUUCGACCACAUCGUUCCAGUCGGCAUCGCGAUGAACAAGACCCAGCCCUACGCCGAAACAACUGUAACGUUCCCGUCCUUCAACGACUAUGUUGCCCAACGUGGCGGCAAGACCACGUCGACCAACUCUACGGGAACCCCCAGCGGCAACACGUCCAACAAUACCGGCAACAAGUCGGGGGGCAGCGCUUCCCAAUCCGGUGGCGCCAACCCGACAAAGCCGUCCGGCGCAAGCGCCGGCCUCGCCCUCCGCCCCAGCCUCGGGCUGGCUCUCUUCGGAGCUAUCAUCGCGGGUGUCUUCUCCUGCUAG